GCAUUUUUAGCAAUUCAAGAAGGGUCACACUGGACACAUGUAGCAGAAAAAAAGACAUCGGAAAAAGAAAUCUGAAAAGUCAAUUCGCGUGAAAGACAGUUAGCGAUUGCUGUUCUCUGUGUUUUUAUGGAACAUUUUAGAUCAAUCUCUAAGCGAGCGAGCGCGACCCUAAUUUCCUAUGACGACAAGCGUAGGGCAAUAAAUUUUACCUGAACUCAUCUUAAAGCAAUGUCCGCCAAGAGCGAGACGGACAACACGACGACCACCAACUCCGGCAGCGGAGGCGGAGGAGUCGUCAGCGGCACAUCUUCUGCCGGUGGCGUAUUCGCAAACGAAGUAGGCACUCCGGCACGCCGCCUGCGCACCCGUUACUCGACGGGAUACGGAACAACCAGCGGAAGCGAAUCGAUGAAAAAGUUAAGCGCCUGCGAUGAUAUCUUGACGCCAGCCACCCCGGGAGGAGCAACUGGGUCUCAAUCGCAUGCGAUGGUGGAACGACCAAUGGCCAGCGUUCCCAUGAACCACGCCAGCAGUAGCGUGUCGGCCAGCAAGAAGUACCACAACAGUUGCCCUCAUCCUACACCCACGCAUGCGCCUUCCGGGCACAAGAAGACGGUGCACACGCAGCCGCACAGCAGUAAUAAAUUUGACCAGGUAAAGAACGAAGAGUUUCACUUCGACACCCCACCAGAGUGCCCCGUGUUCCGGCCUACAGUUGAGGAGUUUAAGAACCCUCUGGCCUACAUCAGCAAAAUACGAUCUGUAGCUGAGAAGUGCGGGAUAGCAAAAAUCCUGCCACCGGCCUCCUGGUCGCCACCGUUUGCAGUGGACGUGGACAAACUGCACUUUGUUCCGCGAGUCCAGCGGCUCAAUGAACUGGAGGCCAAGACCCGAGUAAAACUUAACUUUCUCGACCACAUUGCCAAGUUCUGGGAGCUGCAGGGUUCCUCGCUAAGAAUCCCAAUGGUAGAGCGGAAGGCCCUUGACUUGUACACGCUGCACCGAAUAGUUCAGGAGGAAGGGGGCAUGGAGCAAACCACUAAGGACCGGAAAUGGGCAAAGGUGGCAAACCGGAUGCAGUACCCCUCCAGCAAAAGCGUAGGGGCCACCCUCAAGGCACACUACGAACGGAUCUUACAUCCCUUUGAGGUAUACACCUCUGGAAAAGUACUUGGUCCCACACCAGUGCCAGCAGGAGCUGGUGGUACACCCGUUAAGCUGGAGGAUGGAGGCGGCACCGACUACAAAGCCCACGAGAUACCCACAAGGCAGCAAAUUACGCCGCCUAACGAUACAAACACUCGCCGCUCCAAGCGUUUCGGAAACUCUAAUGUUAGUUGUGGCCUCAGCGUCGUCACAGCCACGGCAAAGCCGUCCGUUGGAGUGAUUGUCAAGACGGAAUCCAAGGAGGAGUUUAAGAGGGAUCUGCUUAGCAGUUUUAAUGCCGUGAACACUAGCGGCCCGGGAGUCCCUGUCAGCACACGCGCCCCUUUUCAAAAGAAGGGGGUUGAACCUCCGUCUCCUAUAGUUGACCCAUUGAUGAAAUACAUUUGCCACAUCUGCAACCGCGGCGAUGUCGAGGAGUCGAUGCUGCUUUGCGACGGCUGCGACGACAGCUAUCAUACCUUUUGUUUACUGCCGCCUCUGACUAGCAUACCCAAAGGCGAAUGGCUAUGCCCGCGCUGCGUUGUCGAGGAGGUUAGCAAGCCGCAGGAGGCAUUCGGCUUUGAGCAAGCAGAGAGGGAAUAUACUCUCCAACAGUUUGGACAGAUGGCUGAUCAGUUCAAGCAGGAAUACUUCCGCAAGCCGGUGCACUUGGUGCCCACCGCGAUGGUGGAGCGUGAGUUUUGGCGCAUCGUAUCUUCCAUUGACGAAGACGUUACUGUGGAGUAUGGGGCGGACUUGCACACAAUGGAUCACGGUUCUGGGUUUCCUACUAAGAGCUCUUUAUAUCUUUUGCCUGGCGACCAGGAGUAUGCGGAAUCAAGCUGGAACCUGAACAAUUUGCCGUUGCUUGAAGAUUCUAUUCUGGGCCACAUCAACGCUGACAUAAGCGGAAUGAAUGCACCGUGGAUGUAUGUGGGCAUGUGUUUCGCCGCCUUCUGCUGGCAUAAUGAAGACCACUGGAGCUACUCGAUCAACUAUCUUCAUUGGGGAGAACCAAAAACGUGGUAUGGUGUUCCGGGGUCCUGUGCAGAGCAGUUUGAAGAGACCAUGAAGCAGGCAGCCCCUGAACUGUUUUCAUCGCAGCCCGAUCUGCUUCACCAGUUAGUGACUAUCAUGAAUCCCAACAUCCUGAUGAACAACCGCGUGCCGGUGUUCCGCACCGAUCAGAAUGCUGGUGAGUUUGUAAUCACCUUCCCCCGGGCUUACCACGCAGGUUUUAACCAGGGCUAUAACUUUGCCGAAGCCGUCAACUUUGCGCCGGCCGAUUGGCUGAAAAUGGGGCGUGAAUGUGUUAACCACUAUUCUAUGCUCCGACGCUUCUGUGUCUUCUCGCACGACGAGCUCGUUUGCAAGAUGGCCCUGGAGCCAGCAAAACUUACUUUUGGGAUCGCUACCGCCUGUUAUAUUGACAUGGCCGAAAUGGUUGACACUGAAAAGAAACUGCGGAAAUCACUUUUAGAGUGGGGCGUCACCCGAGCAGAACGUCGUGCUUUUGAGCUAGUAAACGACGACGAGCGCCAUUGCCAAGAGUGCAACACUACAUGCUUUCUAUCUGCGGUAUCCUGUGAGUGUAAUGACAAGCUCAUUGUUUGUCUGCGCCAUUAUACAGUGCUAUGUGGCUGUGCUCCGGAAAAACACACUCUAAUUUAUCGUUACACAUUGGACGAGAUGCCGCUCAUGCUGCAGAAACUAAAAGUGAAGGCGCAUAGCUUCGAGCGCUGGCUUUCUCGCUGCCGUGACAUUGUCGAUGCGCAUACGCCCACCUCAGUCACUUUACAAGAGCUGCAGGAAUUGUGCAAAGAGGCCGAGACCAAAAAGUUUCCCUCUUCACUGCUGAUCGAUCGUCUUAAUGCAGCGGCUGUUGAGGCGGAGAAAUGUGUUACAGUCAUACAACAGUUGGGUAUCAAUAAGGUACGAACUCGCUCGGACCAUAACCAAGAGGCGGCUCAGUACAAGCUUACUAUGGAGGAGCUGGAGUUGUUCGUUCAGGAAAUCGAUAAUCUUUGCUGCAUCAUUGACGAAGGCGCAUCUGUGCGAGAGCUUCUUAUUUUGGGAAAACAGUUCGUAGACCGGUCCGAGAGCCAGCUGCAGUUGACUUUGGAAGCCCUGGAGGAGAGUGAGCUAGAAACGUUAAUAAACGAAGGCAGCUCUUUGCGCAUCGAACUGCUGCAACUAGAUCUACUUCAAAAACGUCUAAAGCAGUGCAAGUGGUACAAGCGCUCGCAGGGAUUAAGGGAGACCAGCUCGAAGCUGACCUACCAAGAUAUAAAGGACCUCCUGCACAUGGCAGCUGCUGACCUGGACCCUACCGAUCCAUUCGUUGAAAGGGAGAUGCGAAAGUUACAGCAGAUAGGGGCAGACAUCGAAGCUUGGGAAUCGCAGGCGGCCAAGUACUUCCAGCGACUUACGCAGCAGCACGAAUUAGGCGAAAUAGAGCAGUUUUUGAAAUCUGCCGGCGACAUAAACGGUCAAGUGCCAUCACACGGGCUGCUGAAGGAUGCACUUCGAAAGGCGAGGGAGUGGCUGCGGGCAGUAGAACAACUGCAGCAAAACAACCACGUUACUUAUUGCCACACCCUCGAGGCGAUGAUAGAACGCGGCAUGAACAUACCCAUCCAGCUGGAAGAGUUAAGUCGAAUGCAGGGCCACCUUAGUAGUGCGCAUAAGUGGAAAGAAAACACAGCGUGCGCCUUUCUUAAGAAAGGCACCUUCUAUACGCUUUUAGAGGUUCUUAUGCCCCGUUUGGAUCCUAUUAAUAUUGAUUCGGAUCUCAAGCCGCGCUUUCAGGAUGACUUCCUGAAGGAGAAAAAUCCGGCAGAGAUUGUUGCCAGCUUCAAACAUGCGGAGGAGCGAGAGCUGCUGGAUAUGCGCGAGCUACGACGGCAAAACAUGACAAAAAACCCGUUGCGCGACAUGUUCUGCUUGUGCAAGUCCGAGUUUAAAAACAUAAUGUUUAACUGUCAGUUGUGUCGCGAUUGGUUUCACGAAGAUUGCGUGCCACCGCACACAAACACCAAUCAAAAUGGAGUUUUAAACGGCGAAUCGGCAUCAGGUCCUAAUCGCCUUAAGUGGCUCUGCCCCAGUUGUGUGCGCUCCAAAAGACCCCGUCUAGAGACCAUCCUUCCGCUGCUUGUCCAAUUGCAGCAACUGCCAAUUCGUCUGCCCGAGGACGAAGCGUUGCGCUGCCUCGCGGAGCGAGCUAUGAAUUGGCAAGAUCGGGCGAGAAAGGCUCUUAGCAGUCCCGACGUCAGUGCGGCUCAGGAAGCGAUUCUGUCUCAGCAACAGCAGAAGCGGCGCUCAGAAGGCGGAGGAGUUGGGGUUGGCAAUAUCAACAGUCCACGAAAGCCACGUCGUCGUGAAAGUCUGGCGAAUGAAGCAAGUGGUUCUACAGAGUCUGAUGCUGACGACGAUGACGACGAGGACGAAUGUCGGCUACGGAUCGUCGAGGACAACUUAAGCAAUGAUGAGGAUGGGCCACGUACCGCCCCCUCGAACUCCACCAUCAAUUCCGAUCUCCUCAAGCUGCUGUCCGACAGUGAAAUUGAAAAUUUGUUUGACCUGAUGAUGGAGGGUGACCUGCUAGAGGUAUCCCUAGAUGAGACGUUCGAGCUGUGGCGCAUUCUAGAAACAAUGCCGCCAACUUCGCUGGAAGUGGAGGCCUUGGAGCAUGUGGCCCAGCACCUGCAGCGCAAGCGUCAGCAGCACACAACCCCGCUACCCACAUCCGGUGCCGAAGACUCAAACGAUAGUCUGCUCGUACAAAAUAGUCCCAAUAGUACUAGUAAUAGUGGUGGCGUAACGGCGUCAGCGAGCAGCAGCGGGCGUAACAAGAAGAGGCGUUCCAACGACACUAGCGGUAACUCAGCUGUUCCUCGUAAAAGGCAGAACACACCCAAGCAGAUUUCGGCCAAAAAGGGGCCGGCGGCACCAGGUCGGAAGAGCGAUUCCAAAGCGUCCCCAGCGGCAACUCCGGGCGCAGAUGCCGAUGCUGAGAACAAGCAAGCCAACGGAGGAAAUACAAACUGUAGUACAGGAUCAGGAGGUGGUUCAGCGGCUACCACAACCACACCAGGCUCGGCGCACAAAAAGCGCAAGCGUAUCUCUACAACAGCCACUAACAACAACAAUAACAGCACGAGCAAUAGUAACAGCGCCACAAGUAUCAACAGUAAUACUUCCAGCGCCCAGGGAGCGGCCAUAGGAGGCAUUAACUCAACUGGUGGGCAGAAGAAACAUGCCCCGCGGUCUCAGCCGGCUGCGCAGGAAGACGAUGAGGAGGAGUGCCGGGCGGAAAACUGCCAUAAACCCACCGGACGAGAGGUGGACUGGGUGCAAUGCGACGGCGGCUGUAAUGAAUGGUUCCACAUGUACUGUGUUGGCCUCAAUCGCAACCAGAUCAAGGCGGAUGAUGACUAUAUAUGCAUCCGAUGCACGAAGACAGUGGCUAUUGGGACACCGGGAUCUGUUAACAUUAUGAGCGCUACGUCCGCAAAUCCAGUUAAGCAGAGGGUGGUGCAAUCGGCUCGGUAAAGAAAAGAUAAUGGAGUCAAAGAAUUGCCGGGCCGAUCAAUUUUAAAUUUUUCAGCAACAGCCAACUUGUGGUUAACGCAAGAUGUACUACAAAAACACUCAAUGAAGGCCAACUAACGGUACUUACAAUGAUUAGUAAAGCCACUUGAAAGUUUUUGUAGUACAUAUUUCCCAAUAAUCGUUUAACUUACGAAUCCGAAACGUUAAACAGGAAAACUACUACAAAAGAAAAACAAAACUGAAUCAAGCUUAAGAAAUAAUGGUUAAGUAAAGCAGAAAUAACGCAGACACACCAACACAUUUAUUUGUUUUUGUACAAUUUAGCACAUUUUUACGUUCGUUAAACGUUUUUUUAAUAUUACAACACUUUCAAUUAGAAUUUGUUAAUUUAAUUCACUUUCUGUGUUCGCCUUUCGUGUUUCGUUCAAUGCGCACGCAAUGUUUUUUCUCGUUUUUCUUUUGUACAUUUUCGUUGUACAUCUCAAACAUUAAGGCGCCUUGUAGAAUCGCCUUUCUAUGUAUGUUCUUGUUUAUUAUACCCAAUUUUAAUAUGAAUGAAACAAAAUUUUGUUAAUAAAUAGAUCACACAAAACAAUAAAAGAUCAGUAUAAAUAUAAGUUUACCUUAGAAAUACAAUGAAAAAUGUAUAAUUUAAAAUUUUUAGUUUCUAAGUUGAAUAGAAAGUUAGCUAUUUUAAAAUUACACCCAUUAAAAAAAUGAAAAAUAUCUUGGUAAUAUUAACGUGCAAAAAAUAAACACAGUGCUAAGAAAUAAGCAAAUGAAAAAAUAAGCAAAAAAACAGAAAA